GCCUGGUUUCCUCCUCAGAUCGAGGUCAAUACAACCAAAAUAAGAGAGAUCCGGAAAGAGACGAUGAAGUCGAUCUGUUGUUGCAGCGUUGUCCUGCUGCUCGUCCUCUUCCCCACAGCCUGUCGAGGUGGCAACAUCCUGGUCCUCCCCAUAGAAGGCAGCCACUGGAUAAACAUGGACGUUCUACUUCAAGCUCUGCACUCCAGAGGACACAACAUCACCAUCGUUUGUUCCAGCAAAAGCUGGUACAUCAAGGACAGCCCCUCCUAUUACCACACCUACAGAUUUCAGUCGGAGAGGAGCUUCGAUCCCGAGGUGAUUACAAAAAUGAUCUCCAGCAUCAUCGACAGCGAACGGGGGAACCUUCCUUUCGUGAAUUUCCUCCACAUGACCAUCGGAUUGUUCAGCACGUUUCUCGACGUUCACGCAACCAUCGGUGAAUUUGCAACGGCGAUGCUGGACGACGAAGAGCUGAUGAGAACCUUAAAAGACGGCGAGUUUGACAUGGUGCUCACGGACCCCUGCUGGGGUCACGGGGUCAUUCUGGCCAAAUAUUUAAACCUUCCUUUGGUUUUUAAUGUCCGCUGGGUGAUCGCUGGAGAUGGCCAUUUUGCUGUUGCGCCUUCGCCUGUAUCGUACAUCCCUGUAACGGGAACUGGAUACACGGAUAAAAUGACAUUUUUUCAGAGAGUUACAAACACCAUUUUUUAUAUAAUAACUCAAACGCAACACCACCUGGUGGUUAAGCUCACGUACCAGAAGAUAUGUGACAAAUAUCUCGGGCCAGAAUACGACUAUAACCAGUUGGUGCAGAAUGCAGACAUCUGGCUCAUGAGAGUGGACUUUGUGUUCGAGUUCCCUCGGCCCACCAUGCCCAACGUGGUCUACAUCGGAGGGUUCCAGUGUAGACCGGCACUACCUCUCCCUGACCACUUGGAGGAGUUCAUGCAGAGCUCUGGAGAGCACGGGGUCAUCGUCAUGUCUCUGGGGACGUUCGUGAACGAGAUUCCUGCUGAAAUAACCAAUGAGAUCGCUGCAGCUUUUGCUAAACUGCCUCAGAAGGUCAUCUGGAGGCAUAAAGGGGGCAGACCGGCCACUCUGGGCAACAACACGCUGAUAGUCGACUGGAUGCCACAGAAUGAUCUUCUGGGACAUCCCAAGAUGAAACUGUUUGUGGCUCACGGAGGAACCAACGGAGUCCAGGAAGCCAUUUAUCACGGAGUCCCAGUCGUGGGUCUGCCGGUGUUUUUCGACCAGUACGACAACCUGCUGCGUCUGCAGGAGAAAGGAGCGGCGAAGCUCUUAACCAUGAAAACCGUGGACAAAGACGACAACUUCCUGAAGGCCGUGCAGGAAGUCCUCCAGGAGCCGUCCUACAGGGAGAACAUGCAGAGGCUCUCCGUGCUGCACAGAGAUCGGCCCAUGAAGCCGCUGGAUGCGGCCCUCUUCUGGAUAGAGUUUGUCAUGAGGCACAAAGGUGCAGCUCACCUGAGAACGGAGGCCUACAGGAUGCCCUGGUACUCCUACCACUCGGUGGACGUGGCUCUGUUCCUGGCUGCAGCCGGGCUGCUCGUGCUUCUGACUGUGUUCCUUUUCAUCAGGUGUUUGUCCACCGCAGUGUGUAGAUAUAAAGUGAAACGUGACUAGGCGCUCAGGGGAUGUGUGUUUUCCAUCUGUGAUAGAUUUUGGAAUUUAUAUAAGACAUUUUGUUGACUGCACAUUUAUGCAGCAUUUUAUUUUGAAAUUUGAAAUGCUCCUAUUUUAGUGAAGUAUGUGUAUGUGUAUUUCUGUAUUUGACCUAAUUUGUUGAAACAAAAAAUAUAUAUGAAGUGAAAUGUGAAUAAUCACUCAGGGGAUGUAUGUUUCCAUCUGUAAUAGAUUAUGGGAUUAUGCAGCAUUUUAUUUUGAAAUUUAAAAAGAGUCCUAUUUUAGUGAAGCAUGUGUAUGAACUAAAUGGAUGCUUUUAAUCAUGAACACUACAAGAAAGAUUACAUUCCCUAUUAUUAGGGAAUAAUGGAAAUGUAUUUUAAUUGUAUUGGUCACAAUCGGGAUAUUUCUGUAUUUGACCUUUGACCUAAUUUGUGGUAACACAAAAUAUGUAUAAAUAUAUAAAGUGAAAUGUGACUAAUCAUAUGUUUUUCCAUCUGUAAUAGAUUUGGGGACUUAUGUAAUUGAUUUUUUUGACUGCACAUUUACGCAGCAUUUUAUUUUGAAAUUGAAAAAUAAUCCCAUUUUAGUGAAGUAUGUGUAUGAACUAAAUGGAUGUUUUUAAUCAUGAACACUACAAGAAAGAUUACAUUCCCUAUUAUUCGGGAAUAAUGGAAAUGUAUUUUAAUUGUAUUGGUCACAAUCGGGAUAUUUCUGUAUUUGACCUUUGACCUAAUUUGUGGUAACACAAAAUAUAUAUAAAGUGAAAUGUGACUAAUCAUUUGUUUUCCAUCUGUAAUAGAUGUUGGGACUUAUGUAAUACAUUUUUUGGACUGCACAUUUACGCAGCAUUUUAUUUUGAAAUUUUAAAUGCUCCUAUUAAAGGGAAGUAUGUGUAUGAACUAAAUGGAUUUGUUCUAAUUAUGAACACUACAAGAAAGAUAAGAUUCCCUAUUAUUAGGGAAUAAUGGACAUUUAAUUUUAUUUAUCACAGUCGGGAUAUUUCUGUCUUUGACCUAAUUUGUGGAAACAAAAAAUAUAUAUAAAUAUAUAAAGUGAAAUGUGACUAAUCAUAUGUUUUUCCAUCUGUAAUAGAUUUUGGGACAUAUAUCAUAGAUUUUUUUGACUUCACAUUUUAUUUUGAAAUUUUUAAUUAUCCUAUUUUAGUGAAGUAUAUGUACAAACUAAAUGGAUGUUUUUCAUGAUGAACACUACAAGAAAAGAUCAUAGGGAACAAUGGAAAUGUAGUUUUAUUUUAUUUGUCACAGUCGGGAUAUUUCUGUAUUUGACCUUUGACCUGUGUUGCAAAAUGAAAAACUAGAAGCUAAAAUAUGA